CUUGGGCUCUUAUUAUUGGUUCCAACAACGCUACGCAUUUAUUUUGCCUAACUUUAUACUUGUCUCAUCAUUUUUUUCUCCAAAUCCCUGACAAAACAAUAACAUAAUUUAGGAAACAAAAUAAAAUUAAAACUUUGUGGUCGAGUGAGGAAACGGCGUCGUAUGUUUCAUCUUCUUCCUCCAGACUUUCUCUCUUUUACUCCAUCAUAAAUCAUAACUGAACGUUAUCGAAGAGAUCGUCGGAUCUACAGAUGUUAACACAGUCAACACUACACCUUCAGUGCGACGUUGUUUCUUUCUACAUCUCUCCUCUCCAGAAUGUCGGGAAAUUAUGAUUCUGAAAUCAAUCCAGAAACGUCAGCAGCAAAUGAUGAUGAUGUUGUUGUCGGUGGUAAUUCUGAGCCAACUAAUAACCAGGAAAUGAGCUCAAAGGAAGCUAAUUAUGAUAGUAAUAACAGCAAUGAUGAUGGGGUUAUAGUGAAUGCGGAUAAUAACGGGAGUGGUGGGGAUUCCGAUGGGGUGGUGGUGUCUGAGGAUGCUGGGAGGGAGGAUAUGUUUCUUGAUGCCCCUGAGGAUCUGGGUGUUGAUGGGAGAGAUUCAUCAGCUACUUUCACUGAGGCUCAUGGGAGCACAGAAUGGGAUGACGACAGAAGUCAUGAGCUCCGAACUCGAUUUAGUGGAUUGGACAACGAGAUGCAGAAUGAUUAUAUGGUGGAUGAGAUGGAGAGACUACGAGCCAUGCUCGAUAAGACUGUAAAUGAGAAAGAAAGCAUUGUGAGGGAACACAAGGAUGAGAUGGAGAUGGCUGCAAAAGGGAUUGCCAAUCUUCGAGAUCAGAUGCGGGAUUUGAUAAAUAAACAGUUGUUGAUAAAUGAAAACCAGUCUAGAUCUCAUGAUCAGUUUCAUCCAGAUGUAGACCAAACACCACUGCAUGAUAUAAUACAUGAAUGCUCGAUGUUUAUUAGGAAUGUUACAGAAGAGUUACAGGAUCUGAAUACAAAAUCUGCAGAAGCUUCAGUGUCACAUGAGGUUGUCAAUUCUUAUAUGAAUGCAGUUCAAAAUGAAUCGGCAGAGGUUGAGUUUCAGAAGAAUCAGUACAUGGAAGAUGCUACAAACAGGAUCCUGAGCUCUCUCACAUCUGUUGUGUACGUAGGGAAUUUAUUGGAUAACUCUCUUUUAGGGAGGAUAGCCCAUAUUGAGCAAAGUGUUUUUACCUUGAUUGAAAAUUAUAACUGGUUCCUUUACCAAGGAGAUCAGCUAAGGCAGUGUUUGACGCAAUUGAAGCCUGAUAUUGCGGAGCAGACUGAUUAUGGGGUGAUAUUUGCUGCAGCAAAUGAAGAGCUUCUAGGGUUCAGAAAGAAGGAAACAGAUUUUGUUGAGAAGAUGAGUCAUUUGGAAAGUGAGAACAGUCAAUUGAUGGAGCAACUUGACGCACACAAGGCAACUGCUGACUCAGCAAAUGCAGAACUUGAAAAAUUGAAUGCUGAACUCGAGCAGGAAAAACACAGAUAUUCUAACACCAAAGAAAAGCUUUCCCUGGCUGUGACUAAAGGGAAGGCGUUGGUCCAGCAGAGGGACUUGCUGAAACAAACUCUAGCAGAUAAAUCAAGUGAACUUGAGAAAUGUCUUGUCGAAUUGAAGGAGAAGUCAAGUGCAUUAGAGGCUGCCGAGUUAAUUAAGGAGGAGUUGGUGAAAAGCCAAAUGUCAGGUGCGUCGUUGCAAGAAAUGCUCGUACAUAAGGAUCUAAUUCUUGAAAAGUUAGAAGAUACUAUACUUCAGAGUGGAAUACCGGAGAUAUUGACAUCAAAAGAUGUAACUGAAAGAAUCAGAUGGCUCGUUGAUGAGAGGAAUGCAUUGAAGGAUGUUUCCCUGAAGUUCCAUCAACUGGCUGAUGCCUUGUUGUCCAUUGAUCUCCCAGAAAAUUUUUCCUUUUCUGAUCUUGAAUCUCGUCUUGGUUGGCUUACAGAAUCAUAUGAUCAAGCAAAGAUGGAUGUUGGAAAACUGCAGGAUGAAAUUACUAGUACAAGAGAAUCACUUACUGAAGCUGAGGCAGAAGUAGGUGCAUUGAGAGUGGAGAAUUCGAGGAUAAGGGAAACUGCUGCCAGUGAAAUGGACCACUUAAUUGCUUCACUUUCCACGGUUCUCGUGGAGAAGGAUUAUGUUAAAAUGGAGUUGGAAGAUAUGAGCCACAGAUAUGAAGCAGUUAUUCAUAGGGAGCGUCAAGCUGUAUCAGAAAAGGAUGACAUGUUAAAGAUGUUGCUAGAGGCUUCUGGAGUCACAGUGGCUGAUGGGCAACCUUCUGAAACAGGUGUGCUUGUGGAACAAUGCCUUGCAACAAUGAAAGACCGAAGCAGUUCAACUCAUGAUUCAUCGGAGGUAAGAGAUGAGUUUUAUCAAAUCAUGCAGAAUCUCUUGUAUGUUAAGGACCAAGAGUUGGCUCUCCAUGAGAAAAUAUUGGAAUUAGAGACUGAGAAAAUGAAAAUGGAUCUGGAUAAGUUGUGUAUUGAUUCAACAAGGGCUUCUGAAGAAAUUGCCACUCUCAAGGAACAGAAAGAGAAGCUACAGAAGGAUCUUGACCAUACUGAGGAGAAAUUGGCUUUAAUACGGGAAAAAUUAACAAUGGCAGUGAAAAAGGGUAAGGGAUUGGUGCAAGAACGUGAGAGCCUGAAGCACCUUAUUGAUGAGAAAAGUUCAGAAAUUGAGAAGUUGAAGUUCGAAUUAGAGCAGAGAGAGCUUGCAAUUAGUAACUAUGAGAGCGAGAGUAGUAGGCUCUCUGCACAGGUGCAAGGCAUUACAGAGUUAGAGGAAGAUAUUAUUACCCUGAAAGAUCAACGAAAUCAACUAGAAAGGGAUCUCACAGUGAGCAACAAGCUCUUGAAUACUCUGACAGAGUCUAUAAAUAGCAUUGGUUUACUUGCUGGGUCAAAUUUUGCAGAGCCUGAUGAAAAGUUAAGAUGGCUUGCUGGGUACUUUGAUGAGUGUGAAGUUGUCAAAGCACAAGCUGAGAAACAGUUAGAGAAUGCAGUCUUUGAAGUUGAAACAUUGACUACCAAAGUCUCGGAUGCACAGUCCAUUAUCAAGUCGCUUGAAGAUGCACAGGCAGUUGCAGAAGAAAAACUUUCUCAACUUGUUGAAGAGAAGAGAGAGCUCAAUAUUGGCCUGAUGUCUGCUCAAGAACAACUAGAAAAAGCAAUGCAGGAGGCACGUCUGUCUGCUCAAGUUGGUGAAGCUCAAAAUUUGCUGGAAAAUGCUCUUGCAGUGGCAGAAACCAGUGUCGUCAGGCUUGGUAAGGAGAAGGAAGAAGCUGAAUUUAGUAGAGCUGUUGCAGAGGCUGAUUUAGAUAAAGCAAGAUCUGAAAUUACUGAUCUUACCAGCAAAUUGUCUAAUACUGCCACAACUCUGGAACAAGUCUUAGAUACAGUAGCUCAAUUAAAGACCACAGUUGCCAUGCUAAGUGAUGACAAAAAUGAUGCCCAGGCAGUUAGAACUACAUUGGAAAAUGAACUAAUGAACCUUAAAGAGGAAGCUGACACCCGGGAUGGCAAGCUGCAAGAGGCACACUCAAGCAUAAAAUCUCUCAAAGAUGUACUCUCGAAGGCAGAAAAUGAUAUAUCUGAACUGGACAAUGAAAAGAAAGCUGCUGAACAGGAAAUAUCAACUUUAAGUGCCAAACUCAGCACCUGUUUGGAGGAGUUGGCUGGAACUCAUGGUAGCUUGGAGAACAGGUCCUUACAGCUUUUUGAUCACCUUAAAGCACUUGAACCGCUUGGGGUAGAUGAUUUUCUACACUCUGCACUGAGAAAAUGCUGCAAGUCAAAAUUUGAGAGCCUCAAUGAGAUGGAAGACUUAUUUAAUAGCAUCAGGGGUCAGUGUGCUAAGUUGAGUCCAGAUUAUGUUCCUUUUUCAGAGGAAUCCUCUUGCCUGACAAAGUUACUAUCAACCAGCCCUGAUGAAAUUGUUAAUUUGGAUAAUAAUGGCUGCCAUACAGAUGCAGUAGAGGGUGAUGAUAUAUCUUUAUAUGUUCAAAAGAUAGUGGAAGGCUUAAAUGUGAGAAAGAGGACCUUCACUGAGAAUUUUGAUGGUUUUUCUUCCUUUCUGAGUGAGUGUGAUGCUUCUGUUGUGCGAGAAUUACAAUAUAUGAGCAAACUGAUAGCAUCUAUGGUUGAGGGACUGCAGUGUCUGGAUCAGAAGGUGAAAACCGUGGAAACAGAUUACCAGACUCUAGCGAAUGAAGUGACCCCUCUGAAUGAUGAUAUUUCAGUUUUGUUGUCUGCUUGUAGUGAAGCUACACAAGUGUUGCAGUUGGAAGUUGACAAACGAAUGGCAGAAAUCACUUCAUCUCAUGAGCAUGAAAUGGAAAUUGAGUCAAAAUUUAGUGAAAGCAGGCAUGGCAAAGCUACUGAGAUGUUGUUAUCAGCUACAAGAAAAGCUUGUGAUGUGUGCGAGCAAUUGGAGAAUUCAAGGAACAAACAUUCAUCAGAAGUCGAGGAAUUGCAGAAUAACCUGAAAGAACUAAAAAUAGUUGCAGACAAGACUCUCGAAGAACGGGAUCUAUACAAUGGGAAGGUCUGUGAUUUGGAGAAUGAUUUAGCAGCACUACAAAAUAUCUGCAGUGAGCUAAGGGUUAAGCUGGAAGAUUAUCAAGAUAUUGAGGUUAAGUUGAGGGAUAAAGAUGUCAAGAUAUCAUCACUGCAGAGCAACUUGACACUGAAAGAGAAAGAAGCAAGAAAGGCUCUCGUUUGGGCAUCUCAUAUGAAAAACCUUAUGGGCAGAAUAGAUAAGAUCGAAGUUUUAGUGGAAGAUUCUCAGGGUGGGGAGUCAGAGCCUCAAGAUUCAGCCCAAUUCAAGAAGCUGCUGUAUGUUAUUGAUAACUUUCCUGUGUUACAGCAUAAAAUUGAAUUGCUUUCCCGAGAAAAAGAAGAGCUACAGAUCGUGCUUACAGAUCAACAUCAUGAGACUGAACAUCUGAAGAAAAGAGUUCAAGAAAGUAUUGGCCAUGAGGAAGAAUUAGCGACGGUUAGGAGCAAAAUCAUCAAUAUGGAAUCUGGUCUUAAUAAAAUCAUUCAGAAGUUUGCUAGCAGGAAUUUGAUUGGGAACCAAAAUUCUGUUAUUACGGAUGAUCUUUUACAAAUAUUAGAAGAACAGGUAGUGACAGAAAUCUCAGAAUCUGAAAAUCUGAAAUUCAAAGUCCAAGAACUCGAAUUAGAGGUAAAAAAGAGUAUUAGUAGUGAUCUGGAAGUAGCAAAGCUUAAAGGACAAUUAUUAGAUCUGGAGGCAGGUGUGCAAAGAAUUAUCACGAAUUUGGGAGGUGAUAUAACUAAGGACUUGAAGCCUAUCACUAUAAGUGAUCCUAUACAAGUUUUGGAGAAGAUGGUAAUGGCAGUUAUUUUGGAAAGUGAGAAGAUGAAAGCAAAUGAGAAUACAUUUGGUUCAGAGAUCUGGAAGAACAGCGACGAGCUAGAGUUAGCUGAGGUUAAAAGUCAAGUAGUUAAUCUUGAAGCGGGUGUGCAGAAGAUCAUUAAGAAGUUGAGAGGUGAUGCAACUGGGGACCAUAGACCUAUUGCUACUAGUGAUCUUUUGUUAUUGUUAGAAAAGAUGGUCACGGCUUUAAUUACAGAGUCUGAAAUUUCAAAAUCAAAAGUCAAUGAACUUGAUUCAAAACUGUACGGGAGCCAGAAGGCUGUGGAUGCAUUAUUAUUGAAGGUGAAAGAACUUGAAGAUUCAUUCCAAUCUAGGGUUUUUCCUCCUGAUACUAUCCAGGAAAGGAGCAUCUUUGAAGGACCCUCACAAUCACCUGCAUCUGAGAUAUCUGAAAUUGAAGAUGUGGGUUCCAUAUCAAAAGCUACAAUUUCUCCUGUUCCAUCUUCCACUCAUGUAAGAACAAUGCGGAAGGGGUCAAGUGAUCAUAUUGCUGUAAAUAUUGAUUCAGAAUCAAGUUGGUUGAUUGAUAAUGAAGAAGCAGUUGAGGAUAAAGGUCAUGUCUUUAAGUCUCUUAAUAUGUCGGGUCUUGUUCCACUACAAGGAAAGAUGUUCGCUGAUCGGCUUGAUGGAUUAUGGGUGUCUGGUGAUCGAUUGUUGAUGAGUCGGCCAAGAGCAAGGCUUGGCCUUGUUGCAUAUUGGCUAUUCUUGCACAUGUGGUUAUUGGGAACCAUUUUGUAACGAGUUUGGCUGUAGUGAUAGAUAUCUAGGCGACACACAACAGCAACACUAUCUAUAGUUAGAAAUGUAUUAGUAAUAGUGUUAAUAGCAAAUUUAUGAUUAAAUCGGAUGAUGUUUAUAGUCACGUAUUAUUCAUUA